GCGAAUUACUAUACGGUAGCACACGCGAUACACACAACAUGAAGUGAGAGUGUACGAGGGUUCCAGAGUGAGAUUGCAUUUGCUCGCACUCUCCUGGAAACUAUUGCACGGAAUAUACACGCUAGGAAUUCUAUUUCGGACAACAUACAGGCGGCCGUGGGGAAUUCUCGGCUCGCAAGAAUGGUAAGGGAUCCAUCCAGCAUCGACGUCAACACCGCGUCAUCGAAACCUACCGUCGGUGUCAUCCAGUUUGUCAACGGCGAAACGACGUCGACGACCGCCGUCAAGAUGGCCGCUAAAACACCGUCGAAGUCUGACGCAAUGGCUGCGGCUGAAGAGGAUGUGAUCGAGGAGUACCGCUGCGGGCUUUUCGGCUGGCGACCGGAGUGGCUGCAGUCAUUCAAUACGGCACCUUGGCUAUUGGUGACUUUGACCGCGGCUGUGGGAAUCGAGGCGAUGCUGGUAACCGGGUUCGUUACAAGUUCAUUGACCUCGAUCGAGCGUCGCUUCCAGCUUCGUAGUCGUGAUCUUGGCAUCAUCAUCAGCAGCUUCGACGUCACGAGCAUCAUCCUAGUACUCUUCGUCACUUUCGUCGGUGGUCGUGGCAACAAGCCCCGCUGGCUCGGCAUCGGUUCGAUCAUCAUUGGCAUUGGCGCCCUCAUCUACGCCCUCCCGCACGUCACCACGGGUAACUACCGCUACGCGACCUCAAGGGUCUCACCGACAUGCGGAGUGGACGCCGAAGCCGCGGCUGCUAUCGGAGGCGAUGUCACGAUAUCUUGUGAUGAUGUAAUGGAUGACAGACCGUCGAGCUUAGCUCAGUAUAUGUAUGUUUUCAUGGCUGGACAAACAUUGAUGGCCAUUGGAUCGCUGCCAUUGAAUACACUAGGAGUCUCUAUGUUGGAUGAUAGUGUGUCUUUGGAACAGACUGGAUUGUACAUGGGUAUAUUUUUGGCUGUGGCAUCUUUGGGACCUGCGGCUGGCUACAUGCUGAUGGGUGUCUUUCUCAAUUUAUUCACAAACUUUUCAAAUCCGUUCAGUACUGAUAUCAACACAUCCGACCCUGGCUGGGUAGGUGCGUGGUGGAUAGGGUUUGUCAUAGCAGCAGUUCCAGCUUUCCUCAUCGGGGUUCCACUUAGCUUCUUCCCGCGGGAAUUACCAGAUACUGCACGAAUAAGAGCCGGUAAAGAGAGCCAGGUUCACGCACGAGGAGGGGCACAUGAGACUGAACGACCAGGCUUUGGUUCAAGACCAACCGAUUUCAUCAUCUCACUCAAAUACCUUGCCAUCAACCCGACCGUCAUGUGUACCAUCUUAGGCAUCUGCGCAGAUACCAUGCUUGUUUCAGGUUGUGCAGCCUUCAUGCCGAAGUUUACACAGAAUCAGUUUCGACAGACGGCAAGUUCAGCAAAUUUUCUUAUCGGUAUCGCAAUGCUCCCGGGUCUCUCUGGUGGCGUCCUGCUUGGCGGUCUCCUCACAAAGAAGUUCAACCUUAAAGUCCGCGGCAUGCUGACCUUUGCUAUAUUCUCUGGGUUAGUCACCAUUGUGCUAUUAGGGACUUUGCUUCUGCGUUGCCCCCAGCUACCGGUCAUAGGCGUAACAGCCGCAUACGACGGACAGAAUCUUAUGGAGUAUCAUGAAGACAAGCGGCUUGAAGAUGAAUGUAACUUGGGUUGUCAUUGUAAAACCGAACAGUACAAUCCUGUAUGCGUCGAAGGGGGUAUUGCUGAGUAUUUCGACCCAUGCUAUGCUGGAUGUAAAACGGAUUUUGGGAACGGGACGUACGGUGAGUGCGAAUGCUUGCGUAAUUUCAUCUCUGCUAACCUGACUGCCUCGAUCCAAGUCCAACAUGGCCAGUGUGAAUCGGACUGUUUCCUCCUUCCUAUCUUCGUUGUUGGUGCUGCUUUCUUACUCUUCUUCCAUUUUCUACCGGUAGUGGCGCUCGUCAAUACUCUUCUCAGAUGUGUUCCAGAUUCCCAGAGGCCCAUGGCUCUUGGAGUCAACUCUAUUUUGAACAAAUUAUUAGGUGCUACACCAGGUCCCAUUCUGGUUGGUGUGAUGAUGGAUGGAGCUUGUCUUCAAUGGCAGCAGACCUGUAGCAGUGAAGGUAACACAGAGGGCGCCUGUUGGAUCUACAACGACGAGAACCUUUCAUGGCGGAUGUUCGGUCUCGGUCUCAUCAUGAAAGUAGCAGCAGUAUCGCUCUUUAGCCUCGCCCUCUACUUCUACCGCCCUGCCAUGGAUGAGGCCAAUGAAGCAGUUGCUGCUGCAUCAGGAAGCACAAUACAAGCUAGCCCCGCCCGGCCCUCCCCGGACCUGGCCUUGCAGCAAGAUGAAGUUGUUCCACUAGACGGAAUACGAUCGUACAAACAUGGUUUAGAGCAUGAGGAGGACUCUAGGUAGUAGUAAAUUAACACGUUUAUAUAACAAUGUAUUCUUGACCUAUUUCUGUUGGGCACAAAGAAAUGGAUUCUAGGAAUUAACACAUGUUACAACAGAAAUAUUUUCCUGAUUUGGGCUGGAACAUUUUGUAGCUGGUGUUCACAGACCAGUAGAGUAAUAUUUGUCCGUUGUGUUAAUUGUGGCUAACCAUUAGGCCAUCUCCCCAGUUUGCACUUCACGUUUAAAGCCGAAGCAAAUAAUUGAUUCUACUCUUCAGAAACAAACUUCUCAUAUGGAACCAUUUAGAAUUUUUGUCCCAAACUGGUGCUUUCUCAUAUAACGUUUCAUGUAUUUUAUUCAACAAGAAAAUCUGUGUUUUGUCUGGAUUAUAUUCAUUUCUACUCAUGCAUUAUAGGACUCAUGGUAAAUAUUGAAGUUUGCAGCUGAUGUUUUAUCACAAUUUAAGGUUGCUCAGUCAAUUGUCUGUAUGCAUCAAUUACCUUCCUACAACUGGUAAUUAUGCUUGAUGAGCACAGGAAAAGACAUAGUCUCAUAGACUACUCUUCUGACAUUGGACUGCGUCAGCGACUGGUACUAGUACGCGCCAUGUAAGAGUAACAAACAGCGAAUGUAAAAUGAAAACUGAAAACAUUUGCUAUGAAUUUGUGAUAUAAAUUUAUGGUACGAGCAUUAAUGUUGACCCACCUGCUAAUUGUAUGUUCCUUGUUACUUCAUGUCAUUAAAGAAUGAAUAUGGAUUCAGGUUUACUGACCUACCUGUAAGUAGAGCUCUCUCUCUGCUACCAAAAGAGAUCUCAGCUUUGAUAUGAGAGAAACUCCAUGGCAUUCGUGAAAAUGUUAACUUAUAUCAGGUUGUUGUUGUUUUGUUUUUUAUUAUGUUGUUUAUGAAUAUUAUUCUAACAAUAAUGGGCGGCAAGUUUGAAAAUGUCAUGGAUGUCACAGAGUUGAAACUUUGAAAAACAAGUUUGAUAAUAGAUGUAAUAAUAAUGAAAAUAAUAAUGAUAAUAAUAAUAAUAUUUAGUAUUUGUAAAG